CUUCCGGUAAAAUGUCAAACAAAACAAGUUUGUUUGAAAACAUAAUUAACUUUAUUUAAUAAACGAAUAGAAAGAUCUAGUCUCGACUCAAACCAUAAACAUGCCUUCCCGCUCCGAUGGAACAGAACCUAGCACUCGGCGGAGUAGAUCUCGGAGGAGGAGUCGCCAUCGAGGACAUCACAGACACCACAGUUCCAGAUCUCGAACAAGGGUCCGAGUUAAAAACGGGGAGAAAAACUUUCUAGCUGCAGUCUGUAAUAUGCUGGCUAUAGUGCUACUGUGUGCAUCACUAACUGAGCCCAAAUGGAUAACACUGAGUGGUGGUGGAUGUCAAGUGAAUGAUGAACCAUUAAACCAUCUUGGGACUUACCAGUUUUUCUACCCUGGAAAAAUUCUAUCAGAAGACAAAGGGUUUGGUGAUGGAAAUGGAAAGCAUAUUAUCUACCAAUUUGGCCCUGAUCUUAAAGACCAAAUGGACAACUGUGUUAACUACAAAGCAGCUUUACUGAUGAAGACAGUAAUAGCAUUCUGCUUUCUUGCCAUUCUGUCAAGUCUGGCCGGGUUUAUUCUCGACCUAACUGUUCCGCAGAACAGGCCAGCCCAACUGCUGCAGAGAAAUGCUAUCCCAAGCAUCAUUACAGUGAUACAGAGUGUGGUGAUCAACUUAUUCUGCUAUUGGCUCGCUACAGAAGUGGAAAUUCUACAGACAGAGACUAAGCCACACCCAGGCAGUAAAGUUUUGGUUGACUUUGCCAUCAGUUUCUAUGUUAUAACAGCUGCAGGUGGCCUCAGUGUGUUAGCCACAGCAUUCAACUGUCUUCGUCGUUAUCCCUUAUACGAGGACAGUCAAGGAGAAUCACUCUUGGAUGAAUAUGAAGGCCUGGAGGCCCUACUUCCCCCACCCCCAGCCCCUGACAGGAGCCUGUCACCGAACUCUCUUCCAGCCCCUCCCGCAUACUCCCCGUGAUAAUCAUAGAUUCCUGCUCCUGUUAAACAGACUAAUAGCAGCCCAGUGCAUCGCUUUCCUGAAUUCACUCUUUCUUAUAAUGUUACCCAGCUCUCCCUUAAAAUCAACUUUGUCACUGUGUUGACAGAUCAUGGAGCUUGAAUGGUUCAAUGUCAACAAUUGCCCAGAGAGUGCUGCGGUUUAUCUUAGGACCCAUUAAUAAUAAAUUUUAAAUGAUCUUUAGUGUUUCAAAUAGUAUUGAUUAAAAAAUCAGAGUUUUGGCACAAUUUUCUCUCAGUUUCUUGUGAUAUUUGUGUUGCAAUCUUCUAGUGUUUUUUGUUUGUUUUAUCUUAUGUAAUUGUAUGUUCAAUUGACAAAUCUCUCCCAAGGAUAUAAAUGUACAUGUAGUGCUAAUAACUCCCCGUACAUUUUCCUCUUUCUUUGCUUUCUUUUAUUAUUUGAUGUAUAAUACAAUGUAAUUCAUAAAUUAAAAAUAACUUGAGUGUACAGUAUCUUAUUCAGAAGCUUAUCAUAUUAUUGAUUUUUAUUUUGCAUGCUUUAUAGUGUUUUACCUGUUUUAUUUUUUAUGGCUAUACAUCCGAAACCACAAGGUGUUAUAUGUACAUUAGACCAUUCUUGAUAAUUUCUAUAUCAUACAAAUGAGUGGAAAUUAUGAUCAUGAAUAAUAUUUUUAUUAUUGUUGUCUUGCAUUCAUUUUGUUAACUUAGAUGUUAAAGAGAUUUAAAACUGCACUCUCACAGAUUUACCGUUUUUUCAACUUUUUUAUUUUUUGUCUUGGAAUUAGCAAAUUUUUGCGUAAAUAUCUGCAAACCAGUGAUGAAAGACUUUUGACAAAAGAUCAGAUUGCAGAUUUUCAUAUGUCCAUUCCAAAUUUUAUGUUUUAUGGCUUAAACCGUUACUAACGGUUUAAGAAAAUUGCAAAAUCAUCAAUUUUGGAGAGGAAAUAUGAAAAUCUGAUCUCUUGUCAGCAGUCUUUUAUCACUGCAUUUCAGAUAUUUACUCAAAAAACUACUCGUUCCAAGACAAAAAAUAAAAAAAGUUGUUAAAACGUUUAAUCUGUGAGAGUGCAGCUUUAAGAGCAAUCAUGCGUUACUUCAGGCCCUUAUUUCUCGAACAUUCUUAAUUCCCUUAUAACAGGAUCAAGCUAAACUCACUAUUUUGUUUUGGUUUAAUUUGUGGAGUUCUUACUCCUUUAAGAGCUUUUAGAUUUAAGUAAUGGAUUAUUGUUACUGAUAUUUGCACUAAGCUAUUUUUCAUUUAUCAAAUUCAAAAUCUUAGUGUGUAUUUUGGCUAAUUGAAAUAAGCUAUUAAGCCUGUUAAGCUUAAGAAGUUUCAAUUAAUUUGGGCCUGACCUUUAUUUCUCUUAGCCCCUUUUUUCUUAAGCCCCUUAUAACAAGAUCAAGAAAAGCACAUUUUUUUGUUGGUAUAAUUUGUGUUAUAUCCUCAUUUUAGAGGGUUCUGAGAUGUUUUGAGGAAGUUAUCAUUUACAUGUACAUAAUCAAGAUUAGUGAUGUUUCAAUGAUCGAUUAUAAUUAAAAAUUAUUUGGUUGGGUCUGAAACGUUAAUUUCUGCCAAUUUUCUCCAUUGUGUUCAUGUAUACAUUCAGAAAUGUUCAGUUGUUACAGUUAACAAUAUGGCUGAAAGCAACAGCACUAAAUAUCUUAAAACAUACACAUAACAUAAGCAUAGUUAAUAAGUUUGAGAUAUUGCACAAGGAUAAAACUACAAUUAAGGUAUUGUCAAUAAACGAUUGUACUAUCGAUAAUCUGUAACUUGAGUGGAACCGGUUAUCGAUUAUCAAGAUGAAAUAUUUUUUUAUUUUGUAAACCCAACCUAAAAUUGUUUAUUUGGCUAAAUGAAAUAAAACACUUUUAAGCUUUUUACACUUAAGAUUGUUUGAGAAAUUGGGAACUUAUACUGAAUAUGUUUUCAUAAAAUAUUAGUACUCGUUUCUGUACAUAAUUGCUACAUGUGUGUAUUGUUAUGUUUUAUUGAAUGCAUUUAUUGAGCACAUUUGUACCCGUUUUUACAAUAGAUAAAUAAACACCAUCUGACAUGAU